AUGCAGCUUAAAAGAGUUACAAGAGCCUGGCAAAGAAAAAGCAUAGCCACUUGUAGAGAUAUUUCUAUCCCACUCUUGUCAGAAUGGAGCUUUCAAGAGGUGCAACAGCCUGAUAAGAAGCCACCAUUUCAAUUACAUCUCUAUAUCCAACUAACCUUCUUCUUCUCCUUUUCCAAGAAUCUUUCUGCACACUUGCAGACUUCUUGUGUAGAAGUUGUAUCUCCUUUAAUUGUGCAUAAAGUAUGUAAAAUGAAUGUACAUUUUAUCCUUGUCCACAUUAAGGAAUUAGGAGAAUCAAAAGAAAUAGCAGAUGAAUUCGAAGAAGCUUGUUUCACUUUGGUGAUCUUGUUCGAUUCUUUGGAUAAUUGCAUAAUGUUAAUUGAAUAG